AUGGGCUUCAUGGAAGGGGGCAGAUAUCUUCCAGGAGACUAUGUUGACGAAGGGAAGCUCCUCCUCUUUAUUAAAGAAAAAGUUGCCAGCCGCCCUCCACGCCGCGGACAGAGUCUCAAGGCAGAGAGGAAGCGCAAGAGGACGGCAGCAGCAGCAGAACUGCUGUCAGAAGGGCCUCCCCCCAAGCGAAAGAGAGAGAAGAAUAGUGUUCCCUCCGCGGCGUUUGAAGAGCUGCUGGUUGAAAGCGACAAUGACGAGACUUGCUCCGAACCCGUCCCGAUGUACAAUACUGUACGAAGCUAUUGCUCUGCUAUUAAUGAGCUCUGGGCCUAUCAGACCUCAUUAGGUCUCCAUAAUGCAGCACAUCGAUUGCCCAAGGCUAGCACCAACGCCGACGUGAUGGGUUCACAGACCGUGGGCUGGCUACGAUACGAGAUGGGUACGUUGCCUCUCAGACUCCUGAUCUUACAAGAAAGGUCUGGGCCCAGUGCCUAG